AUGUUACCAAAUCCACCCAUCCAACCCGAGCAACAAAAGUGCAACCGCGACGAACCAGCACUAGAGAACCAUGCCCCUAAAGCUAGAAAGCGCGUUAACAUGAUCAUGGAAGCCAUCAAAGCCUGCAGUUACUCAGUUCGGGCAAUCAAGGAGUACAGCCAAAAAGCCGCCACCGCACCUAAAUUUCUGAACGCUACCGCGAAAGGAACGCCCUUAGUAUUCACUAAAGCCGACACGGUCGGACUACACAUGCCGCAGAACGACGCUCUAGUCGUCGAACUCCUUCUGGACGAUGUUGAGGUUAGCCGAAUACUUAUUGAUACCGGCAGCUCGUUCAACAUAAUAUUCAAAGAAGCACUCGACCAGCUCGACAUCCCAUCUGAUAAAAUCGAACCUUUCAUCACACCACUCACCAGAGUUGUAAAGAUUAUUCAAUUCCUCAUCCUCGACAAACCAGCAAUCUACAAUGCUAUCUUGGGAACGCUUUCGCUCCACGCGAUGAAAGCCGUCGCCUCAACCUAUCACCAGUACCUCAAGUUUCCGACCCCCGACGGCAUAUACAUCCUAAAAGGUAUCCAAGCCAUAGCUUGGUCGUGCUACAUCAACGAAUGCAAACUCCGAUCGGGCAACCAUGCUUGCGUCGAGAUCGGCGCCAAGCUCGAUCCAAAGAUCCGUGAAAGUCUCGUUCACUUCUUGAAACAGCACACUUCCACCUUCGCACAAUCAGUUGAGGAUAUGCCUGGAAUUGAUCCACAGAUCGCCUGUCACGAGCUCAACAUUGACCCAACUUACAAAUCUAUCAAGCAGAAGCGCCGGAAGCUCGGACCAGAAAAAGCACAGGCUGGCAACGACGAGGUCGAACGAUUACUCAAAGCUGGAUCAAUCACUAAAGUCAAAUACCCGGAUUGGCUGGCUAACCCGGUAGUCGUUAAAAAGAAAAACGGCAAGUGGAGAAUCUGUGUGGACUUCACUGACCUCAACAAAGCAUAUCCCAAAGAUAGUUUUCCCUUACCACACAUUGACCGACUCGUUGAAGCAACCACCGGGAACAAACUCCUCUCCUUCAUAUAUACGUUUUCCGGAUAUAACCAGAUUCUUAUGCAUCCUUAA